GUGUCGUUAAAUACCUAUUAGGUUCCUAAAUUAAAUUAGCCAAAAUGUUUCAUUUUCUGUUAUUCAACGAGUGUUCAGCGGUGAGGUUAAACGUAUAGUAAUUGUGGUAGUGUUCAUUGUAAAAUAUUGUUUAAUAUUGUUUUACAUAAAGUAUAAGUUUUAAUUUACAUAUUUAAUAAUGCCAAGACAAUUAAUAUUCUUGGUCGGUGUUAUGAAAAACCAAAUAACUGGUAGUAAGCUUCCAUCAAAAAGAGAUAUUUUGAGUGUUCUCUUUUACAAUAUGCGUAUAGUCAAACUAACAUUACACGAUAGCGCUAGUCUUGUGUUUGACGAAUGUCAAAUUUUUUGGAUAAAAGCGCGUAUACCUAUUCAAGAUCGAUCAAAUUGCAUUACAAAAAUUAAAAAACUCUAUGAUGAAUGGAGAAAAUUAGAUAAAAAUAAAAAUAGAAUUACUGAUACACAAAAAAAAAUUAUGAAUACGUUUGAAGACAAUUUAAAUGACUUAUUUGACAUUGCGCAUAGUAAUGCAUUAAAUACUAUAAAAAUUCACGAAGAUAAAUUAUUUUUAAUAAAACAACGUGAAAAAGGACGUCAUGGAUGCAUGAUGGGUAUAGAUUCAAAAUUAACCAGUCUUGAAUUUCGAAAAUGCUAUUUAGAAGAACAAAAAGUUAGACAGAAAGAAAAACACGAAAUUGCGUCGAAAUCACCAGUUGUGUCUAUGGACUAUAUAUCAGAUGAAAACUUCACUGAUGAAGAGGAAAUUAUAAAUAUUGAAAGUGUUGGCCCGUCAAAAAUCAAGCGAGCAAGAAAGGAAAUUAUAAACCACCGUUUAUCGGCUGCAUUAGACAAAUGUAAAAUAAGUGACCGAGAUGCCGUUCAUUUACUUACAGCUGCAGCUGAAUCUUUUAAUGUCAAUACUAGUGAGUACAUAAUUAAUAGAUCUUCAAUUAAAAGAGCUCGAGAAAAGCGUCGUGAACAAUUAUCUGAAGCUAUAAAAUCUAAUUUUUUAAAUGUAAAUCUACAAUAUUGCGUUGUGCAUUGGGAUUCAAAAUUACUACCCGGCUUAACAGGAAGGGACACAAUAGAUCGUCUCCCUGUGAUUAUUACAGCUCCUAAUGUUGAACAGUUAUUAGGAGUUCCACAAUUAUCAUCUGGGAGAGGGAAUGAAAUAUGUUCGGCUGUAUAUAAUACUUUAGACGAUUGGUGUCUAUUAGAUAAAGUAGAAGCUUUUGUAUUUGAUACUACUGCAUCAAAUAGUGGCCGUCUAAAUGGUGCAUGCGUUCUUCUCGAACAAAAGUUAAAUCGAAAUAUUCUAUUUCUUGCUUGUCGUCACCAUAUUUUUGAAAUAAUUUUACAAGCUGUUUUUGUUACAUCAAAACUAUCUGUUAUGUCUGGACCUGAUAUUCCAUUGUUUAAACGAUUUAAAAAUAACUGGGUGAAUUUAGAUUUACGUAAUUUUCAUACAUGGACAUCACAUCCAGAUGUAUUUGAAGAAUUAAAAUAUGUAGUAGAUGAUGUUUUAUUAUUUUGUACAAAAAGAAUCGAAGAUAAUUAUCCAAGAGAUGACUAUAAAGAAUUUAUAGAACUUAUUAUGAUAUUUUUGGGGAAAACACCUCCACGAGGAAUACAUUUUCGACCACCUGGUGCUUACCACUUAGCCCGAUGGAUGGCAAAAGGAAUAUAUUGUUUUAAAAUGUUGUUAUUUUAUCAGCAGUUUAAGCUCUCAAUAAUUGAAAAAAGAGGUUUAAAAGAAAUAUGUUGUUUCAUUGUAAAAUGUUAUUUAGAGGCGUGGAUAUGUGCUCCCGAUCCAAUUACAGCUCCACUUAAUGAUAUAAUUUUUUUAAAAAAAUUAGUCGAUUAUACAAAAUAUAAUAAAAAAAUAGGAGAAGUAGCAAUAAAAAAAUUUAUUAACCAUUUGUGGUACUUAAAUGAUGAAUGUGCAGUAUUUUCUUUAUUUGAUGAUCGAAUUGAUAAUAAUACUAAAUCUAAAAUGGCAAAACGGAUAUUGGAAAUAAAUGAAGAAGGUAUCAAUACUGACGAUCAAGAAAAAGACUCUCAAAAAAAAAUUGUUUUACAAUUUGAUGACGUUCAACAUUUUUUAAAUAAAGAUCUUCCAUUGGAAUUAAUAUCAAAUAAAUCGAUACAGUUUUUUCAAAGAUUUCGUAUUUCUAAGGACUUUUUACAUAAGGAUCCAAGUUUAUGGAACAUAACCACCGAAUAUAAAGAAGCAAAGGAUGUUAUAACUACAUUAAAAGUUGUCAAUGACAGUGCAGAAAGAGGUGUGAAAUUGAUGGAGGAGUUUAACGACAAAUUUACGAAACAAGAGGAACAGAAACAAUAUGUGUUACAGAUUGUUCAAGAUUAUAGGAAGCAGUACCCGGGAUUCAGUCGUAAAGUUUUAAAACAAACCUAUAACAAAUAAUUAAAAUACAUUUGGAUGUAGAAAAUAUGUUGUAUAAUAAAAUGUGAUAAUUAAAAUAAAAUGUUAUUAUAACUUCUUUAAUAUUAGCCUAAUUUACAUAAUUUACUAUUACAAAUAACAUUUUUUUAGGAAAUUAAAUUAUAUUCGAUUUUUAUACAAGACAUUUUAUUGUAUGUUUAAUAUUUUAUUAAAUACACCUAAAUAAAUGUAAAAAAUCUAUUUUGCAAAAUAAAUAAAAUAUUUCGUAUUUUACUAUUUUUCUUGGAAAAUUACAGAUUUACAAAAAAAUUUGUAAAUAUAUAUUUUAUGCGCAAUAUUAAAAUACAUAAUUAACUCUCUAUACAUUUUUGCCCUAGGUAC